AUGUCCAACAGUUACCCUGAAAUCCUUGACAUCAAUAACAUUUGGGGCGGUCACAAGGAAGAAUCCAAAGAAAUUCUACUGAAGGUUUGGACAACGGCGAUGCACAUCAUCGUUGGUGUCUUGAGUGAGAUGCAAAGACAAUUGAAUGGACGGGAUCUUGGUUACUUCAAUAUAUUCAAGGAGGAUUAUUUCUUAGCAAUUGCAAAACAAUCUAUCAGGAAGUUGCUUAGAGCAGCUGAUUCUACGUGCAUUCAGGGUGCACCACCAAUUGAUCCAGUUUACAUGGAUACCUAUACAGCACCUAAGCCUGAUCUAUCCAAAAUGGUAAAUCUGGUGAUGGUGUACCAAGCACUGGAUUAUAGCAUGCCGACAAUAUUAGCAUUGCUGUCAGGUCAAACUAAGGAGUCCAUCCUUGCAGAGGGUGAAGGGCUAAUACACCGAUUGUCAGACAUGUUUGUCAAGCUAUCUGUUGAGCAAACCGAUCUGGCAAUAGCGCGACGUUUGGACAUCUCUGACACUGGUGUUCAUCCCUUCACAAGGCAUAUCAUGGAUCAUGUGCAGAUGCUGGUUCAACACAAGAGCACAGUCUGUCUAAUGCUGAAGGGUGACCUGAAAGCAUUCCAUGAACUGGUUGCGCAGCUGAUCUCCUCUUUGGAGUCUAUGCUGGAUAGGAACUCAAAAGGUUUGCACCUCCCAGGGCAGCAACAAAUGUUCCUGCUGAACAACGUACACUUCAUGCUUCAGGAAGCCAAGAUAGAGAAAGAUUUGGGACGGAUCCUUGGAGAAGGGUGGCUGUUGCAGCGCAAUGACCAACUCGACAUGUUCAUUGCAGGAUAUGUAGAUGCUUCAUGGACACCUGUCAUAUCUUGUGUGCUAAGACGGACCCUAGUACGGGAGAUCUUGUGGCCAUUGUUUGACAAGUUCACUUCACUUUUCGAGACGACCUACCGGCUGCAUAAAACAUGGAAAGUUAGUAAUCCUCUGAUCCGGAAUAAGGUGCGGGAGGCAAUAUUUCAUAAGGUUAUCCCAGUGUACCGAAUGCAUAUGGAGAAUUGCUCGGAGAAGCAGCAAAAAUCUGCAAGGUACAACAUUCAGCAACUGGAGUCACAGCUGCAGGAAUUGUUCGAGGGGUAA